AUGACCGAGACCCAGAAACUUCCCAUCUUUUCGCCCCCUGGCUUUCUCGACUACUCCCAUCGCCGACUGCCCCCGCUGGAGAUCCCGCCAGACGCUGUACCACCACGCCCGGAUCACCAGUUCCGCUCCCCCAUCAAUCAACUGCCCUCGAUCCAUGCUGGACUGCCCCCACGACACGACUACCCUCAGCCGUCCUCGUUACAUAGAGCAGCAGCCCCCGUCGAGAAGCUACUGCAGCACUCGAAUCCUUACACCCCACCUAGAUCAGACCCACCAUAUUCUCCCCAGCAAUAUGGUCCCCCCAUCUCACCACGUUCCGAGUUUGACAGCAGAGGGCCGCGAAGACUAACUGAACACCGGUAUCCGUACGAGGAGCCCCGCCACUAUCACCCCAACCAACCCCACAGCCAACACCACGAGCAGCCCUACUCAUCCCUCACUUCACCAGUAGAAGCCUCGCAGCAAAGAGCCUACCCUCCACUGCCCUCGCCUGGGUACACACCAAGCUAUGCAUCAAGUAGCACUCCAUUCCGCGGGAAUCUAAACUACGAGCUUCGUGUGCGACAACAACCCAUCGCUGCGCGAGCAUGUGGGUUCGGAGAACGCGACCGCAGGGUGAUUGACCCUCCGCCAAUCAUCCAGCUACUAGUAACGGAUCCGAAGACCGGUGCUGCUGAACAAGAAGAGCUUCGUUACUCGCUCAACGUGGUUCAUUGCACGCUCUGGAACGCAGAAGGAACGAACGAAGAGACGGCACUCAUACAGCCUGACCGACGAACAACGCGACGACUAAUGGGCCAGCUCGUAGCUUCUCCGUCUGUAGCAAAGGAUGAGCAUGACGCCGAGGGUUGCUUUUUCUGCUUUCCAGACCUCUCUUGCCGUACCCAUGGCAAGUACCGACUCCGGUUCGUCCUUAUGCGCAUCGAUCCUAUGAACCUCCACGUGGGAGGGUUCUCGCCCAUACUCACCGAGGUCUUGAGCGAUGUCUUCACAGUCUACACAGCCAAAGACUUUCCGGGUAUGCGGCCAAGUAGCGCGCUCACCCGGGCAUUGAAGUUACAAGGGUGCAAUAUCCAAGUGAAGAAGGGCAACGAGAAGGCACUGGCACGCAAACGACUCACCGCGAGCCAAGAACACGACAAUACGGAAGACGACGAGCUGAAGCGACGGCGUAGAGAAUGA